CUUCCUUUAAGGUAGUAUUUCCUGAAGUUUUUCAGUCCCUCACACAUUCGGGUAUUCUGGGUUGAUUUCAUGUUAUGAUAGUCCUCAGUCGCACCGGCUUGCCCGCAAAACGAUGUGCUUCUCUUUUACUCAAUCACGUAACUCCGUUAUCAACAUGCGCGCAAAAUAUCCUACUGAAACGAACCAAUCUUGAGCGGCGGAGGACUUCUAUAGAAUAUUCAAAUAGGCGGAGUUUUCACUCCAGCCGGCCGUCUAGUAAAGAAGAUUACUAUAAAACAUUGGGUAUCAAAAAAGAUGCAACUGCAAAGGAGAUUAAGAAAGCUUAUUUUCAAUUAGCAAAAAAAUAUCAUCCUGAUGUAAAUAAAACCAAAGAAGCACAAGAAAAAUUUCAAGAAAUUUCCGAAGCUUAUGAGGUCUUGAGUGAUGACAACAAACGUCAGGAAUAUGAUACCUUCGGCGCUGGUGGUUCACCAGGUGGUAUGGGAGGACGAGGUGGUGAAUGGCAGUACAAGGGCAAUGUUGACGUUAAUGAGAUCUUCCGUCGCGCUUUCGGGUUCGGUAGUGGUGGGGGCUUCAAUUGGGAUACAUUCGCUGAUUCUCAGUUUGGUCACUCUCAUGCACAAGAAAUGGUAAUGGACAUCUCAUUCGAAGAAGCAGUGCGAGGUGCUCAAAAGAACGUUUUCGUCAACGUAGUCGAAGAUUGUCCGCGAUGCAAAGGCACCCAAGUUGAACCAGGUUACAAAAAAGUUUCGUGUCCUUAUUGCAAUGGCACGGGGAUGAUCUCACAGCGGCUACAAGGGGGAUUUUUCUACCAAGCAACGUGUAAUCGGUGUGGAGGAUCAGGGCACUACAAUAAGAAUCCUUGCCAAGAAUGCGAAGGACAUGGUCAGAGCGUUCAGCGACGGCAGGUCUCGUUCAACGUACCUGCUGGGACAAGUGAUAAGGACCGAGUGCGGUUCCAAGUUGGAAAGAACCAAAUAUACAUGAUGUUCAACGUUGCUCCUUCGCUGAAGUUCCGACGAGACAAAGAUGAUAUACAUUGUGAUGUUGAAAUCAGCAUUGCCCAAGCAGUGUUAGGAGGCACAGUGAAGGUUCCGGGUAUUAUGGAAGAUAUUUAUGUGCAUAUACCACCAGGAACUGCUAGUCAUACGAAGAUGAGGUUAUCUGGUAAAGGAGUGAAGCGGUUGCAUUCCGCGGGAUAUGGUGAUCAGUAUAUUCACAUCAAAGUUGGUGUUCCUAGCCAUCUAAGUGCCGAACAACGUGAGCUUAUGUUAGCUUGGGCCGCUACCGAGAAACCCAAAAGUGGAACGAUUAAGGGAUUUGAAGACUCUAGUAGUAAAUCAACGUCACGGCAAACGCGAGCGAAGGAGAAUGUAAAGUCGCAGAAGAGUGAGGGACAGCAAUCACCUAUCGGUGAGUCUGACGCUCAGCGAGUAGACGGGGAUUCAAACACAGGUUUCUUGGGCAAGCUGAAGAAAACGAUAUUCGGAAAGUAG